GGAAACCUAGUGACCAGUCUGCUGCUUCAUAUUAACUUCACUCCUCCCUUCGGACUAAGCUAAAAACAGACCCAGGCCAUACUCUCAGUUUGGAGCAUCUCGAUCAGCUGCAACAAUGUUUUGGAAUCGUAUAGUUGUUCUGUCAAUUCUAGUUGUCUUACUGCUAAAUGUUGUUGAAAAUGAGGCGGCAUCCUUUCCUUGGUCUUGUCCCAGUCUCAGUGGAGUGUGUAGAAAGGUGUGCCUGCCAACAGAAAUGUUCUUUGGACCUCUGGGCUGUGGAAAAGGCUUCUUGUGCUGUGUUUCUCAUUUUCUAUGAGGAAGGCAGGUCUGAUUUGUCACUGCAGUCAUCCAGGCUUACCAGAAGACUCAGCAAGCAUAAAAGAAGAUGAAACACAGAUAUGACUACUGUGGAUGAUUGUAUUUGGCUUUUAAACCAUGGUGCAACAUGGCAGACUUUGUAUUCUCAAAUAACUUUUUUCUUUCUUUCUUCUUUUUUUUGGGGGUCUAAUUUCAAUGCAGCAUAAAAUGUUGGGAUUGGAGUAAAGCACUUCACAAAACAAUUCUGUUUUUUGUGUAUUUUAUUCCAUUUUCAACUGUUUGUCAGAUUAUCAUCACUCUGUUAUGUAAAGCUGGAACAAUUUACUGUGGUCCCUGUACUUUAUUUUUGUGUAUUUCCAUAAGGAAUUAUCUCAGCUGUGACUUGUCUACAAAUCUUUGUUGGAUACUUUAGUGUAAUUUCUCAUAACAGUCAGUUUUCUCAGUCUGAUCAUAAAAUCCAGCCCACUAUUAACAGCUUAUGCACCAGCUCUGAAAAUGUGAAAUAAAGAAAAACGAAAAAAAGCUUUCUCUGAUAUGUAGCUGGGCGGCACGGUGGUGUGGUGGUCAGCACCAUCUCCUCACAGCAAGAAGGUUCUGGGGUCGAGUACCAGGGGAACCAGGAGUUUGCAUGUUCUCCCUGUGUCUGCCUGGGUUCUCUCUAGGCUUCCAAAAACCUGCAA